AUCGUCCUUUAUCAUAUCACAUCCCUUUCUUUAUCUCUCUUUCCUUCUGACUUUCCUUUUAAUUUUUUCUCCAAUGACAUCACUCCCACCAUCCCCCAAUCCCCCUCUUUCUCAUUCUCCCUAACUUUUUCCCCUCUGUCCUUCCCUACCUCUCUCUCUAUCUCAUCUCUGUACUCCCUCUCUCUCUAUUCCUUACUCGAUCGUUUUCCCCCUCCUUUCACCUUUCUGUCAACUAACGGCUCCAGGUUUCUAUCAUGGCGCGGAGUUCAGAAUACUUUUUCUGUUCCUCAAAGUCGCAAAGAAAAUUAAUAUAACGGUCAGCUGACCAGUGCAUCCCAUGACAACUGUUUUCUAUGAGCAUCUGAUUGCCAGAAACAAUGUGUUUGGAGAAAGAAUAUACUGUAUGCAUAUAGUUAUCAGAGUGCCAUUGGUUACGUUAAAGUUCUGACAUCUGAGGUGUGGGCUUCGAACAAGAAACCUUCAACAGGGAUGGCCACUUCUACUGAGGCCAGUUCCACAGAGGCCAGUCCUACUGAGACCACUUCUAAUGAGGCCAGUUCUACUGAGGCCAGUUCAACUAAGGAUGUGCCCAAUGCAGACCCUGGAGAAGAUCUGAAGGCUAAACCAGUCACAUGUACUCUCAAACAGAUGACCGAUGCCGGACAGUUCUCAUACUCCAGUAUUUGUGCUCUGGGACUGAAGGUACUCUUUGAUGACAAAUGGCAUCAGUCAUAUAAAAAUGAUGUAUUGACGAAAAUCUUCAAUUAUUUUGAUCAACCUAAACAGGUUCGUGUCAACAUCAAAGCGUUCUUGGAGGGUCAUGGCAGUGAUGAAGUCGACCCCUACAUUGAAGUUUUGCUGCGUGAAGAAGUCUUGAAAGAUUCCCUAUUACCAUUGGUUGUUGAGCUUAUUCCACUAUUAAUUAACAAUGGUAGAUACGAUGCUCGUUCGCGAGUGCUGGCCAAACACCUUGCUUGGUUGUUUCGAAUCAACUGGGACGACAUCAUAGACUUUGAGAAGACAUACUCCGAGCAGUUGAAGACAGAUGCUUACAGAGUAUCUCAGGAAGAAGCUGAAGAGAAAAGCAAACGAGCAAGGAAUAAUAAAUUUAAAAGGGUUGCCCUUAUAAGUUUAGCCACUGUUGGUGGCGGGACCUUGAUUGGUUUAACUGGGGGUCUGGCUGCUCCUUUAGUGGCCGCUGGUGCUGGUGCCAUUAUAGGAGGGGCUGGGGCAGCAGCUCUUGCUACUACCACUGGUCUCGCUGUCAUUAGUUCCUUGUUUGGUGUUGCUGGUGCUGGACUAACAGGGUACAAGAUGAGACGCCGUGUUGGUGCUGUGGAAGAAUUUGUCUUUGAGCCACUUGUGCCUGGUUUAAGACUUCAAGCUGAGAACAUGGGCAAACAACUUCAUAUAACGAUUGCUGUCAAUGGAUGGCUUAAUAGCACAUUGGAAGAUUACAAAGAGCCUUGGCAGACUUUGAACGAGAGUUUGGAACAGUACAGUUUACGAUGGGAAUCUCGAUACCUUCUGGAGCUGGGGAAGGCCUUUGACUAUAUUGUUGGAAUGGCCAUUGGUGUGGCCACCCAGGAAGUGCUCAAAUAUACCAUUUUAUCUGGUCUGUUGGCUGCUAUUACUUGGCCACGUUCUCUUGUAUCCGCAGCGGGUGUCAUCGACAAUCCGUGGAGUGUAUGUCUGCGGAGGUCAAAAGAAGUUGGUAAGCAACUAGCAGAGGUGCUUCUUGCCAGAGAACAGGGAUGCCGUCCAGUGUCGCUGAUUGGCUACAGUCUCGGUGCCAGGGUAAUAUAUUGCUGUUUGGAAGAACUAUCCAAAAGAAAAGGUUGCGAAGGUAUUGUAGAAGACGUGAUUCUACUCGGAGCACCUGUCAGUGCCAGGAGUUCUAAUUGGGAACAGCUUCAAAGAGUGGUGUCUGGUAAAUUGAUAAAUGGCUACUGUAGAGCUGACUGGUUGUUGAAGUUCCUCUACAGAUCGUCCUCCAUGCAGUUCCAAAUCGCCGGCUUGAUGCCUGUCAAACUGACGCACCACUGUAUGCACAAUAUCGAUUUAAGUGAUGUGGUCAAAGGGCAUUUGGAUUACAUGAAGAAAUUAGACAAUGUUCUUAAAGUUGUUGGAAUACGUACGAAACAGUUGUCCCCUCUCUCGUCUUCAGUGUCAUCUUUGGCAAGUCUUUGCUCUGCGAGGGAGAAAGGCAGCAGUUCAAAUCCGGAUGAGGCUGAACCAGUCAACUCCAAGAAUCCAUCCACGAGUUCUAGCUUACUGUUUGACACCCGAAGCCCCAAUAAUCCCACCUCCGACCUUGAUCUCGAUCCUGAUCCUGACCUCGAGGAGUACGACUCCUUUAACUUGCACACCUGCUCCGAUCUUGAUUUGAUCUCGGAGUACAGCCUUACCUGUGACUCUGUUACAGCCGAAACCACUGCGCUCGAUUCUCUCAAGCUCACCUCUCCCACCGACGACCUCGACGAGGAUUCGAAAAACUCAAGUUCUGUUCCGACUAAAAGUGAAAACGGGGCAAUUAGCCCAGCUUCUAGUUACGCCCUGAUUGAUGGCGAUGCGGACGAUAACGAUGACGGGGAUGGCAGACCUAACGACACUCUGGUCGCGGACCCCACUACCGAGUCUUUUGGCGAUUCGGCAUCUGACUCAGGAAACUGGGAUAACUCGGAGUAAAACGUUGGAGAUUCCACCACCGAGCCGAGCACCAACCUCCGAUGGCAUGCUUGGCGACCUUGUGUCACACUGCAACUCCCGUGAUACUACUACUAACAUGGCAGCUACUACUACUACUACUACUACUACUACUACAACUACACUUUUACAAGAGAGCUUUAAUUUGGAAAAGACUAAUAUCUAAUGAUUAAUUAAAUUAAAAUUUACUAAUAUGUGGGUGGUGUGUGUGUGUAUGUAUGUAUGUAUAUAUGUAUGUAUAUAACAUUCCCAACUGAAUUGCUUGAAUAAUUGUGGAGAUCUUUUUCACAUGAAACCAUUGGUUGCCUUGUUAAUCUACAAAUACAGUAUAUAUAUAUAUAUAUAUAAAGUACUGCUAAACUUUACUAGAGAAAUAACUUUAAUUUAGAAAAGACUAAUAGCUAGUAAUUAAAUAAUAAUUUCCCAACAUGUGGGUGGUGUGUGUGUGUAUAUAUAU